AUGACCAAGCUUACAACACACUUACUUCCACCAGAGCAAUAUGGGGGAAGACAAGGUUAUUGUGCUACUGAUGCUGUUUUGGAACUUGUCCAAAGAAUUGAAGCUAGUAAAGAAAAAAUUUCAGCUAUGCUCAUUGAUAUUCAAGGAGCUUUUGAUAAUGUUAACAGAAAUAUAUUGGCACACACAAUGGAGGAUAUGAAACUACCCAAAGCACUUAUAAACUGGACGUACCAAUUUAAUAGGGGAACUCCUUUCGGCUUUAUUGAUGAUGUGACUAUUACCGUUGAAGGUAAAAUUGAAGAAAAUACCAAAAGCUUAAGCAACAUAUUAGAAAAAUGUUGUAAUUGGGCUAAAUCAAGAAUGACCAAAAUUGAUUUGGGUGAUAAAUUGGGUUUCAUUCAUUUUACAAAAAAUGUGAAACCUAAAGAUGAGAAAGUGCAACUUACUUUACCUAAUGGAGAACUUCGUGAACCCCAGAAGGAAGUUAAAUUGCUUGGAAUUACUUUGAACAAUCUGCUUGAUUUUAAAUCUCAUAUUUUGAAUAAAAUCAAUAAAGCAAGAAAAGCUGUUGGUGCUAUUUGGCAUCUUGGUGGCGUGCAAAAAGGUAUGCGGGGGUCUGCAGUCAGAUCACUGUAUAUUGCUUGCGUGAGACCAAUUGUCGAAUAUGGCUUAGAAAUUUGGCAUCAUAAAGUUUUGAAAGGAGAAAUCCACAAGUUGGAAGUGAUGCAGAACAUGGCUUUAAGAAGAAUUGUUGGUGCUUAUCGCACAACUCCUAUUGCGGUAUUACAAAAGGAAGCUGGUAUUAUGCCAUAUAGUAUUAGGCUAAAAUUUAUGGUGGCACGAAAAGCUAUUCGUUUACACCUAAAUAUUAGCAAAACUAAUCCUAUUAAUGGUCAUUUGUUAACAUUGAUUGAGAAAUCUCCAAUUGCUAAGCUAACCACGCUUUACAUUUUGGCGAAAGAUGAUAGAGACUACAUUAUUAAAAAGGAUGAAAAACGAAAAUGCAAGAGGGUUGAACCUCUUACACUGAAACAACAACAGAAUCAGACGAUUGGAAUUUUGAAGAAACAAGCAAUGGAAGAAUGGAAAGAAAUGUAUUGGAACAGUAGUAAGGAUCUGUGGUAUCAUAAUAUCACAGUAGAGUCGAAAUGUACUGAUAAUCUUUCAAAAUGGUUACGGGAGUGA